UCUCUCUCUCUCUCUCUCUCUCUCUCUCUCUCUCUACUCUCUCUCCUUCCCACAGUCCGUCUAACUUCCCCUUACCCUAACUCUCCCUUCAGACACUUUGUCUUUCUCACAUUUUCUGUCUUUUCCCCACUAAUCAUUCUCACCCCCUCCUUACCUCUGUGUCUGCUGUGUUUUCUAGUUAAUGCUUUACUUCCUUGUUUGCUAUCCCAGUUCUGCCCUUGGGCGUGUCCUCACUAACCUCACCUGUCCUGCACACCUGUGACCGGCCCAUGAAAGCUUUGUGUAAACAGGAUGUCGAAGCGGAAGGUGACGUUUGAAGACGGGGAUGUCGAUGACGAACCAAACAAAAGGAAGUUCCCAGACACACCUGGAGGCCCUGGCAGCCGUUUUAAGGAGAAACAUUCUCUGGAUAGUGAUGAGGAAGAUGAGGAGGAUCCUGUGGAGUCUGCUAAAUACAAUAUGCUGGCGCCAGAGGAUGUGGAGGGACAAGAAAGCGCCACAUUAGAUUCCGAGGGAGGGGUUCGCAUAACGCCCUUUAACCUAGAUGAGGAGAUGGAGGAAGGCCACUUUGACUCUGAAGGAAACUACUUUCUGCGGAAGGAUGCUCAGAUCCGUGACCACUGGCUGGAUAACAUUGACUGGGUUCGUAUUAAAGAAAACAGCGUGGCACGGUCUGUCCACUCUAGUGAGGGAGACUCAGAUACUGAUGAGGGGCGCACUCCAAAGGGCAUAAAGGAGCUGCUGGAGGGAAUCCUGGAACUACUGCAACCUGGAGAGACUGUGGCCAAGGGCAUCCAGCGUCUUGGGGGAAGCGGUAGCAGAAAGCGAGGGAGUAGUCAGAGGGGAAGGCAAAGACAAAAAGAGAGGCAAGAUGUGGGGAGGUUUAGGCACAGAGGUCACAGAGAACAAGAUGGGGCAGCAGAGAGCAGGACAGAGCCGGGGGAGGAGGGUAAACAGAGCAAGGCAGAAGAGAUGGAGGAGGGAACUGAGAAUAGGUCAGAGGCCAAAGACAAAGAGCCACAUAGGACAGAGCUUGGGCAGGAACAAGAAAGCAGGAUGGAGCCUGGGCAGGAAGGGGCAGAGGUUGGGGUGAAGGGUACAGACAAAGAAGACAGUACAGGGGAACCCCUAGAACAACUUAUCUCUCUGGCUGAUCACAUGGUGGCCCUCGGUGUGUUUGAGGUCUAUCAGGACACCUAUGAGAAGCUGGCAUACAGAUUGCGUGCUCUGGCCCCGCCCCCUGCGCUGGACAUGUUUGCGGAUGAAGUGGAAGAGGAGACACUGGAGAAUAAAGAGAGGUUUGUGUUGGACAGUGACACUCUGUGGGAGUAUAAGUGGGAGAACAGUGACGAGGCACAGCUGUACGGACCCUUCACCAGCUCCCAGAUGCAGGACUGGGUGAAUGAAGGCUACUUCAUGGACGGGGUGUACUGCCGCCGUGUCUCUAGCUCGGGGGGUCAGUUCUACAGCUCCCUGCGGAUAGACUUUGAUCUCUAUGUGUGAAAAUCUUAAAUCUUUUGCUGCAGAAACAACGUCAUCCAGACUUCCAGUGGUUUAGAACGUGGACACCUUUAAAUGUGUGCAAUGGUGUCAGCACUAUUUAUGUGAAUGAACUUUAUACAUACGUAUUUCAUGUAUCUAGACUACAGCACAUUAGAAUAAAAUCCUUUAUUGCUUUUCAGUA